CUGCACGUGCACAGACCACGGGUCGGACGACGACCGCCCACACCUCAACGGCGUACGGGCUGCUCGCACCGCGCGGCGACGGCACCGACCGCGCGCGCCGCGGCUGCCUGUGCACGGGAGUCGCGUGCGCGCGACCGUUGCAACCGCCCCAAGCCGCCGCCGCCGCCUCUUCUUCUUGGGCGCGCGUACGCUGGUUGGGCUUUGCCGAUUUGGGAACUGAAAAGCGGCCGCCUUUCGUACUAGCACGGCGCCAUCUCGUGCCACUUCCGUUACCCGGCAGGAUGUCCUCCAUUUCAUGGCGCCUCCUCCCGCGCGCGCCCGUCUCCCGUCAUCCCAGGAUUUGACACGCCACCGUCGCGAUCCCGUUGGGUUCCCGGCCGGUGGAGCCCGGCGCCGUAACUCCAGCUAGGUGGGGGUGGGGAGCCGAGGCCGGUGGGCCGGCUGGACUGGGGGAUGCUGCAGCGGUCCUCGCCUCGUCCUUCCUGCCUGCUGCCCCCACUUGCCUCCCGUGGCGACCACGUUACAUGUAUAAAGCCACGGCGGCGAGGCAGCGCGCAUGACCCAGACACCCAAGCAAGGACGAGCAGAGCAACAGCGUUCGCCUCCACCUUUUUGCAGGCCUGAUUGCUGAAUUUCAGACCACCACUGCAUGCUCAGCUUGAAUCUCCUCUGAAACAGAACCGACCACCUGGCCUGGCCUGGUCGCACGCCUUCCAAAUAAACCUCACGGCUCCUCGAGCUUGCUUAGCUCCCUCCGGCAGCAGGUCGACUCUGCGCCAGAGCGGAACAGAGGAGGGCGCCGGGGUGAGCUGAGAGGAACAGGGCCGACAUGGGUGCCGCGUUCCUGGCUUCCUGGCCGUGGGACAACCUCGGCUUCUACAAGUACGUGCUGUACGGGCCGCUGGUCGGCAAGGCGGCUGCGUCGCGGGCGUGGGAGGCGGCGAGCCCCGAUCGGUGGGUCCUCCUCCUGCUCGUGCUGUUCGGCCUCCGGGCGCUCACCUAUCAGCUCUGGAGCUCCUUCAGCAACAUGCUCUUCGCCACGCGCCGGCGCCGCGUCGUCCGCGACGGCGUCGACUUCGAGCAGAUCGACAGGGAGUGGGACUGGGACAACUUCUUGAUCCUGCAGGUCCUGAUGGCGGCCACGGCGUUGUACGCGUUCCCUUCUCUGCGCCACCUCCCGCUCUGGGACGCCCGCGGGUUGGCCGUCGCGCUCCUCGCCCACGUCGCGGCCACCGAGCCGCUUUUCUACGCGGCGCACCGGGCCUUCCACGCCAGCGGGCGCCUCUACGCCCGCUACCACUCGCUGCACCACUCCAGCAAGGUGCCCCAGCCAUUCACAGCCGGGCUGGCGACCCCGCUGGAGAGCAUGGUGCUUGGCGCGCUCAUGGCGCUGCCCCUGGCGGCCGCGUGCGCCACGGGGUGCGGCUCCGUGGCGCUGGCCUUCGGCUACGCGCUGGCGUUCGAUGCCCUCCGCGCCAUGGGCCACUGCAACGUCGAGGUCUUCCCCAGCAAGCCCUUCCAUGCGAUCCCGGUCCUCAGAUACCUUAUCUACACCCCGACGUACCACGCGAUCCACCACACCAAGAGGGAGGCCAACUUCUGCCUGUUCAUGCCGUUGUUUGAUCUGCUGGGCGGCACGCUCGACGCCCGGUCGUGGGAGAUGCAGGAGCAGACGAGCGCAGGGGUGGACGAGGUGCCGGACUUCGUGUUCCUGGCGCACGUGGUGGACGUGAUGCAGUCGCUGCACGUGCCCUUCGUGCUGCGCACCUUCGCGUCCACGCCCUUCUCCGUGCAUCUCUUCCUGCUGCCCAUGUGGCCCUUCGCCUUCCUCGUCAUGCUCGCCAUGUGGGUCUGGUCCAAGACCUUCGUCAUCUCCUGCUACAACCUGCGCGGUCGCCUGCACCAGAUGUGGGCCGUACCGAGAUACGGCUUCCAGUACUUCCUGCCGUUUGCCAAGGACGGCAUCAACAAGCAGAUCGAGCUCGCCAUCCUGAGGGCCGACAAGAUGGGCGUCAAGGUCCUCAGCCUGGCAGCUCUCAACAAGAACGAGGCGCUGAACGGCGGCGGCACGCUGUUCGUGAACAAGCACCCGGACCUGCGCGUGCGCGUCGUCCACGGCAACACGCUGACGGCGGCGGUGAUCCUGAACGAGAUCCCCAAGGGCACGUCGGAGGUGUUCAUGACCGGCGCCACCUCCAAGCUCGGCCGGGCCAUCGCGCUCUACCUCUGCAAGAAGAGGGUCCGCGUCAUGAUGAUGACGCUGUCGACGGAGCGGUUCCAGAAGAUCCAGAAGGAGGCGCCGGCGGAGUUCCAGCAGUACCUGGUGCAGGUGACCAAGUACCGGUCGGCGCAGCACUGCCGGACGUGGAUCGUGGGCAAGUGGCUGUCGCCGCGGGAGCAGCGGUGGGCGCCGCCGGGCACGCACUUCCACCAGUUCGUGGUGCCGCCCAUCAUCGGCUUCCGCCGGGACUGCACCUACGGCAAGCUCGCCGCCAUGCGGCUGCCCAAGGACGUGCAGGGCCUCGGCAACUGCGAGUACUCGCUGGAGCGCGGGGUCGUGCACGCGUGCCACGCCGGCGGCGUCGUGCACUUCCUCGAGGGCUACGCGCACCACGAGGUGGGCGCCAUCGACGUCGACCGCAUCGACGUCGUCUGGGAGGCCGCGCUCAGGCACGGCCUCCGGCCCGCAUGAUCCGCCGGCUCGGGUCGGGCACCAGCUUGUUUGUUGGACGGGCCGGACCGAAACGGCACGGCAUGGCUAUGCUACCUUCCCCUUUGUGUUCGUUCUGACUUCCAAGUCUGUCAUCUUCUUCUUCAUCGUCAGGGUGCGUGGUUGGUGGUUGGUUGGUUCCUGGGUAUUAAAUUUGCUGUUCCAAUUUCCCUUUUUCUUUUCUUUCAAAAAAUAUGUAUACUGUGUAAACUAUAUACAUACUACGAUACAUGAGAAAAAUAUAUAAUGUGGAAAAUAGGAGGGAGAAUACAUACCAUGAUUCGU